GAAAAGCAAGAUAGUUUCGUAAUCUAGGUUUGCUACGAAAUAUCUUUCCGUACUGCUCUCAGUUCUCUCUCCGAAUGGCUAUGACAAACUCAGCUCCUCCUCCCUAUGUCCGCUCGCGGCGUCAUUCCGUUGCGGUUUAGGGUUCUAAAGCUCUCCCUCUCUCUCUGAUUAUACUAUUUUCACGAGGUCACUGCAUGGAGGGAUACCGAGUGCAUUCGAAAGAAUUGAUGCAAUGAUAUUUGCAGUGAUAUUUAUCCUUCCACAAGUGCAACGUGGGAUAUUUGCACAUAUUAAUGGACCUUUGUCGUGUCGUUUUAGUGGAGAUUGCUCCAAAUGCUUUUGAGAUAGCCUCAUAAGACCUGCUCCAUGGUUCAAAAACUGGAAAAGAAUACAUCAACAUUCAAAAUAACUCUUAUUGAAGUUGUUGAUGCUCAAAGUUCACUGCUGUGGAGUGGAAAGUUUGGAACAAAAGAUUCAUUUUAAAGCCCGGUGGACAUUGAUCUUUAAGAGUGAUUAUUUGUUGAUCAAAAUCAAGAUUUGAUCUGUAGAUCUACAUCAAAUAUCAGUAGAUAAAAUCUAUACAAAAAGUGUUUGGACUUAAGAAUGGCUGUGUUCCUAAAUUUGUGAUUUCGGCCAACUACAACCACACCGAAAACAAAGUCAUCUUCAUUGAAUUUAAGAGUACUAGUUAACUAUCAGGUAGAUGGUGGGGUUGAUGACAGGUACUGUUGUAACGGAUAUUAUUCGUGAACUUUGAGAAGUCAUUGCAAAAAGAAGAUACUUUGGGGGAACACUUAUAAAAAAAGAAGAAGAUACUUUGGGGGAAUCUUGUGAUUGUACCUGGUUCUACUAAAAGGAGGUGGUGAGGAUUUUUUCUGGGAGAGAUGAGUGGAAGCAGCAGAAGACGUAGUUCUAAGUGGGAUUUGAGAGAAGAAGAGCGUCACUUUGAAUCUGAAAAUGUACAAGAUGAUUCUUGGCCCGGAAAAGCUGGUACUUAUCAUGAUAAAGAAUUGGAAACUGGAUGGCUCUCUCCAGGGGUUGCUGGCAAUAAUAAUUCAAAAUGGUCUGACGUGGAGGCAAAUGAUUUGCUAAAAUCAAAGCGUGAUGCAGGAUUGGCAUCAGGUGAACCUCUGCCGAGAAGCAGAGGCUCAAUUAAGGAUCAUAGCUACAAUAGGGGCCGCAACAGAAAUCUGGAAUCCAAUGUGGCCUGGGAUGGAGAUGGGAGUUACAGCACGAGAAUGUCUCCUGGUCUUGACGAGUGGAGAGGACCAAGCCACAGUCCCUCCCCUAAAAAUGUUUGGAGCAGGUCACUCAGAGGUAGGAGUAGAAGCAGGAGCAGGAGCAGGAGCAGGAGCAGGAGCAGGAGCCUAAGCAGGAGCAGGAGCCCUGUUCGUGGCAUCAGACGGGAAUCAGGAUUCCAUGACAGAAGUAGAAGCAGAGGAGCGUCAACUCAAUUAUGUAGAGAUUUUACUGCUGGGAGAUGUAGGAGAGGCAAUCAUUGCCAUUUUCUUCACCAGGGUAAUCAACAUCAUGAGGAUAACUGGGAGAGUAGACACAGGAAAGAUGGGGAUUCAAAAUAUUCCACUACUCAUGAUACUAGGGACUACACAUCAAGAAUUGGAAGAUCCACUCCGUAUUGUACUGAUUUUGUGAGAGGAAAGUGUCGGCGGGGGGCAUCUUGUAGGUAUGCUCACGAUGGUGCUUCUGAUAGUUUUGAUAAAGUGUCUGGAAAUGAUGCCAUCAGAGAAAGGGAAAAUCGUAGAAAUAGAGAUGCAUCUUUUGAGCGAGGCGGUGAGCCUGAACACCGCAGGGGUGGUGAUGUUCCUUGUAAAUUUUUCGCUGCAGGAAAUUGUCGUAAUGGUAAAUAUUGUCGGUUUUCUCAUCACAGUCAAGCUGACUUAAGUCCUGAUGGAAGGUCACGAGGUGAUAGGUGGGGGCUGGGUCGCAAUUCAGAUGAUGUGGACCGGUUAUGGGAUGGCCCAAAAUUGAGUGAAUGGAGCAAUACGGUUACUGUCUCAGACACUACAAAGAGUGAGGACAAAAGUGGAAAGUUGGGUGCCCCGGUAGCAAGGCUCCCUCGUUGGUCAAUCGAUGAUACUAGAUGGGGCCAUGGUAUGGACAAAGAGAAGAAAAGUUGUGGCGACCCGGCAGUUGAUAAAGCAGUUGAGAACAAUGAGAAGGCUGGCCACCUGUGGAUGGAGGAAAAUGCUGGUGCUAGCAUCGGUAUUUCUGAAUCGAGAGGUGCUGAGAAAUGGCUUGGUGAUAUGGACAUGUCUCCUGAUUGGAAUUAUGGAGUGCAGUCUGCAAACCAUGCUGUGAAAGAGGAGCAUGGUCAAAUUACUCAGGCUCCACAAUCUCUUGGUUCUUAUGAUCCUUCUUUGAUGGCUCGGGGACAGGAUAUAACUAAAGAGGCUUCGGUUCAGUUUCAUGGUGCUGCUGCAACUGUGCAACCGAUCAUAAAUGAAAAAUCUUAUUUCAAACAGAACCACAAUUUGAUGGGGGAUGGUGCCAAUGUAGUAUCAUGUGACGAUAAGAUUGCUGUUGAAAAAACUGUUAGUUCAAGUGCUGAUCUAAACGUUUCUGCCAAUAUCAUGCCAGGACAAUGCUUCAACCAAAAUGGCCGGAGUUUGAGCUCCUUACCUCUUUCAAAUAUGAUUGUAGUUGGACAAAAUCAAGUGGUGACACCCAAUGCCCCUUUAAGAGGAGGUAGUGGAACAAUAAAAUAUCAACAAAAUCUAGCAUUCUCUUCAGAGGGAAAACCUCUCAUCCAACCAGAUAUUGGUGAUGAUAGUGCAUUACAAGUAAAUCCUGGAAUUCCUCCAAGUCAGAAUGUGGUAAGCGGUGAACAGCUCACCAAACUUACCAACCUUUCAGCUUCUCUGGCUCAGUUCUUUGGUGAUAGAAAGCAGCUUCCACAACUUUAUGCUGCUCUAAACUCCCAUAAUUCAUCGGAUAUUUCUUCCUUUACCAACCCUGAAGUGCCUCUUCAGCCAGUUUUGGCGGCACACGUUCAGACAGAUCAAGCCAUCAGAUCCCAGCAAUAUGAUCCUAUAUGUGAUGGCGUGGAAUCUAAGAAGCCUGGCUCUAGUAACAAUCCUCCAGGUCUUAAAUCAAAUUCAUUGGGACCAAAAAGUGCUGUAGAUGGAAAACCAGAACUACCAUUGAAAAACUUAUCCCCAUCAUCUUUUCCGGUUGGGCCUAAUGACACUGAUUUGCCUAGGACAGGCAGUUCAGAAGAACCAAAUCAGAAGAGCCAACAGUCGAAUAAGCUGGAUACUGGUGCACAUGGUGAGGCUAUGGAAAACAAUGGAGGGGGGACUGAGGAAAGGAAGCAAGCCCAAGAGGAGAACCAAAAGGAACAAGAAGAUUGCCCUUCAGGGAAUGCAGAUGGAGAUGCUGGGGAGGAUGAGGGCAAGAAAAGCAAAGAUGCGAAGGGUAUUCGAGCAUUUAAAUUUGCACUUGUGGAGUUUGUUAAGGAACUUCUGAAACCCACGUGGAAGGAAGGUCAAAUCAGCAAAGAUGCUUACAAAACUAUAGUAAAGAAGGUGGUCGACAAAGUGACUGGUGGGCAGGGUGCUAAUAUUCCUCAGACACAAGAGAGAAUUGAUCAUUAUCUGUCAUCUUCAAAACCAAAGCUUACUAAAUUAGUGCAGGCAUACGUGGAAAAAACUCAGAAGGGCUAAAUGAAGCAUAGAAUUUCAUUGUUUAUUUUGUUCAUUUUCUUUAUGUCAUACACCAGGUGGUUUAUGAUAUUCCUUUUGUACUACAGCCUCUAGAAAUAUUAUUUUUCCCCUUCAUGUUGAUGUGAUUCAGUUGCUGAUAAGCUAACCUUUUAACUCAUGCUUGUAAAUAUACCCGAGUAUUUUUUUUUUUAGACUUGUGGUUUAACUAUUCAGUGUGAUUUUGGGGAUUUUUGGCUGGUAA